GGCGCCGUCGUUGGUGUUGUCCGCUGGCGGUUAGUGAGUGGAAAGGCGUUGCCGCCUUGGCAGGGCUUAAAGUCGUUCUCGAGAAGAACGUCUUUGUCCGGAGAGAAAAUGAGCUUAGCUCUGAGAAAUGAACUUGUAGUAGACAAAACAAAGAGGAAAAAACGAAGAGAACUCUCUGAAGAACAAAAGCAAGAAAUUAAAGAUGCUUUUGAAUUAUUUGAUACUGACAAAGAUGCAGCAAUAGAUUAUCAUGAAUUAAAGGUGGCAAUGAGAGCCUUGGGGUUUGAUGUGAAAAAGGCUGAUGUUCUGAAGAUUCUUAAAGACUAUGACAGAGAAUCCACAGGGAAAAUCACCUUUGAAGAUUUUAAUGAAGUUGUGACAGACUGGAUAUUAGAUAGAGAUCCUCAUGAAGAAAUACUGAAGGCAUUUAAACUAUUUGAUGAUGAUGAUUCUGGUAAAAUAAGCUUGAGGAAUUUGCGACGAGUUGCCAGAGAAUUGGGUGAGAACAUGAGUGAUGAAGAACUUCGGGCUAUGAUAGAAGAAUUUGAUAAAGAUGGUGAUGGAGAAAUAAAUCAAGAGGAAUUCAUUGCUAUUAUGACUGGUGACAUUUAAAGAACUACAAGGAUAAACAAGAAGAAUGUUGUAGUUACCAUCUCAAUUUCUAUUUUUGUGCCUGGAGCCAUGUUUAAAAAAAAAAAGCCAACUUAGUUUUCCCCCACCCCAGAAGAACCAAAAAUAAGCAUCUUAUGUAUUCAUAUUUUGCUACUGCUAAGUUUAUUUGUAUGAAUAGUAUUGUUAGUAGUGUAAUGGUUUAGCUUUGUAUUUAUAAUAUAACUUUUAUAUAAAGUUUUUAAAAAUGUAAUCAUGUGGUAUACAUUCUUUUAAUUUUUUUCAACAUAAGUAGUGACUUUUGGUGUACAAGUUUUUCAGAUUUUUGUUAAUAAAAUGUUUAUUUUAGUAUUUUAAAGUUUAGUGAA